ACACACUUUGAGGAGCCUAUUGCACUGCUGGAGUUGGACACAAGUAACGGUGUGUUGUUACCUUACUACGACCCAGACACCAACAUGGUUUACCUCUGUGGAAAGGUAGAAACUCCUCACUCUCUGUGUACAGUAACAAUAUUAUCCAUUACCUUGAUACUACUACUGCCUCUAUACGGCUACUACUGUAAAUCCUCUCCUCUCCUCUCCUCUCCUCUCCUCUCCUCUCCUCUCCUCUCCUCUCCUCUCCUCUCCUCUCCUCUCCUCUCCUCUCCUCUCCUCUCCUCUCCUCUCCUCUCCUCCUCUCUUCUCCUCUCUUCUCCUCCUCUCCUCUCCUCUCCAGGGGGACAGUAGUAUACGGUACUUUGAGAUAACAGAGGAGCCUCCCUAUGUCCACUACCUCAGUACCUUCAGCAGCAAGGAGCCUCAGAGGGGGAUGGGCUUCAUGCCUAAGAGAGGGGUGGACGUCAGCAAGUGUGAGAUCGCCAGGUAGGAGACUGCACACACACACACACACAGACGCACACACACACACACAGUCACACACUCAAGUGUUUGUUGUGGCUAUUCUCGAACUCUCCUCUGUUCUCCAGGUUAUAUAAGCUCCAUGACAAGAAGUGUGAGCCCAUCGCCAUGACAGUGCCUAGAAAGGUAAGUCUCUCUCUCUCUCUCUCUCUCUCUCUACAUUUACAGCUUGUUAAAACUUUCUCUCCCUCCUCUCCUUCUCUCCCUCCCUCCCUCCUUCUCUCCCUCCCUCCCUCUCCUUCUCUCCCUCCCCCUCCCUCCCUCCUCUCUCCCUCUCCAUUCUCUCCCUCCCUCUCUCCCUCUCUCUCCCCCUCCCACUCUCCUCACUCUCCCUCCCCCUCCACUCUCUCACUCCCUCCCCCCCCCCCCUCCAGUCGGACCUGUUUCAGGAUGACCUGUACCCAGACACGGCGGGUCCCGACCCGGCCCUGGAGCCAGAGGAGUGGCUGGAGGGGCGAGAUGAGGACCCCAUCCUCCAGUCCUUGAGAGAUGGCUAUGUUCCACCCAAGAGCCGUGAGCUAAAAGUGGCCAAGAAGAACGUUCUGGACUCCAGACCCACCACCAGACGCAGCAUGUCCUCCUGCGACGGCUCAGCCAACCUGCCUGUGAGUCACACUCUGUCUGUCUGUCUGUCUGUCUGUCUGUCUAACCCUGACCACCAACCUGCCUGUGUGUCACUAUGGAUAUAAUCACCCCUUUAUCUGUUUGUCUAAAAACUCUCAUUCUCUAAUUUCUCCUCUCUCUCUCUCUCUCUCAAACCUCUCCACCGGUCCCAUCUCUCUCUCUCCUUUACUUAAUUAUUCUGAUCUUUAGAAAUUCUGCUUACUGUUAUUUUCCUGUUAUUUUCCUGUUAUUUUCCUGUUGUUUUCCUGUAGCUGCCUGUUAUUUUCCUGUUAUUUUCCUGUAGCUGCCUGUUGUUUUCCUGUUGUUUUCCUGUAGCUGCCUGUUGUAUUCCUGCAGAUGCCUGUUGUUUUCCUGUAUCUUCCUGUUGUUUUCCUGUAGCCUGUUGUAUUCCUGUAGCUGCCUGUUGUAUUCCUGUUGUUUUCCUGUAGCUUCCUGUUGUUUUCCUGUUGUAUUCCUGUAGCUGCCUGUUGUAUUCCUGUAGCUGCCUGUUGUAUUCCUGUAGCUGCCUGUUGUUUUCCUGUUGUUUUCCUUUAGCUGCCUGUUGUUUUCCUGUAGCUGCCUGUUGUAUUCCUGUAGCUUCCUGUUGUAUUCCUGUAGCUGCCUGUUGUAUUCCUGUAGCUGCCUGUUGUAUUCCUGUAGCUGCCUGUUGUUUUCCUGUAGCUGCCUGUUGUUUUCCUGUAGCUGCCUGUUGUUUUCCUGUUGUGUUACUGUUGUUUUCCUGUAGCUGCCUGUUCUUUUCCUGUUGUUUUCCUGUAGCUGCCUUUUGUGUUCCUGUUGUUUUCCUGUAGCUGCCUUUUGUGUUCCUGUAGCUGCCUGUUGUUUUCCUGUUAUUUUCCUGUAGCUGCCUGUUGUUUUCCAGUAGUUGCCUGUUGUUUUCCUGUAGCUGCCUGUUGUUUUCCUGUAGCUGCCUGUUGUGUUCCUGUUGUUUUCCUGUAGCUGCCUGUUGUUUUCCUGUAGCUGCCUGUUGUUUUCCAGUAGCUGCCUGCUGUGUUCCUGUUGUUUUCCUGUAGCUGCCUGGUGUUUUCCUGUAGCUGCCUGGUGUUUUCCUGUAGCUGCCUGGUAUUUUCCUGUAGCUGCCUGGUGUUUUCCUGUAGCUGCCUGGUGUUUUCCUGUAGCUGCCUGUUGUUUUCCUGUAGCUGCCUGGUGUUUUCCUGUAGCUGCCUGGUGUUUUCCUGUAGCUGCCUGUCCCUGACCUAUCUUUCCUCUUGUUCCUUUUUUCUUCCUUCCUUUCCUUCUCCUACCUUUUUCUCCCCUUCCCUCUUUCCCUUGCUCUUUCCCCUCCCCCUCCCCCUCCCCUCUCUCCCCUCUCUCCCCCUCCCCAGCCUCAGUUGGUAGAGCGGUUGUUGGAAGAAGUUCAGAAUCUCAAGGCGACAGUUCUGUCUCAGGAGAAGAGAAUCUGUGACCUGGAGAAUAAACUCUCCAAGUACACCAACGGCACAGCCUAA